AUGGACGCACCUAUAGUCCGGGCGACGAUUCAGGCAGCUAUUCUGAGCGGUAUUUCCAAUAUCCUAGCCCAGAGCAUCACUGCCUAUAGAGGCGAGCAAUCCCUCUUCACCACCUUCAACCGCGCCGACUUCAUCAACUUCAUCCUCUUCACCCUCAUCUCCUGCCCACCCAACUACAUCUGGCAAAGCUGGCUCGAAGCGCAAUUCCCAGGCUACACGGAGAAGCUCUCCCCACCGGAGAAAGAGAAGCUGGUCGAUGACGCCGUCAGCGGCCAAAGCUCGGGCGUCGACGGUAAGGGCAAUGGCUCGCUCGAGAAGCGCACAACCGAUGGCGCCAUGACCGCCUCCACGGUACCACUCACCCCGCAAAAGGCGAGCAAAAAGCUCAAUGUAAAGAACACCGCCAUCAAGUUCUCCCUCGACCAGACCAUCGGCGCCGCGGUGAAUACCCUCCUCUUCAUCGCCGGCAUCGCGCUGCUCCGCGGCUAUAGUCUGGCGCGGAUCCAGCAGGAUGUCCACGAGCAAUUCUGGCCCAUGAUUUUCGCGGGACAGAAACUGUGGCCCGCGGUCAGUGUCGUGCAGUUUACGCUCGUGCCCUUCGAGUACAGGACGCUCGUGGGCAGCCUGGUUGGCUUGGGGUGGGGCGUGUAUUUGAGCUUGAUCACUGGCGGGCAGAAGUAG